UCGUUUUUAGCAUAUAUUUUAGUUAUUUAAUUUAUUAUAAUGGCUGAAUUUCUGGAUUCCGAAGCCGCCGAAUCGGAGGAUGAGGAAGAAUUGGAUGUAAAUGAGCGGAAAAGGUUGAAAAAGUUAAAAGCCGCCGUUGUCGACAGCAGCGAGGAAGAAGAAGAUGAUGACGAGCGAUUGCGGGAGGAGCUUGGAGAUCUGAUUGAUGACAAUCCCAUUGAGGAGGAUGAUGGCAGCGAUAAUGAUUCGGAUACGGGUAGCGGUGGCGAUGAGGAAGGUAGCAGUAACAAGAGGCGAAAAAAGCAUCAGGACGAUGAUCUAGAUGAUCGACUCGAGGACGAUGAUUACGAUCUGAUCGAGGAGAAUUUGGGCGUCAAAGUUGAACGACACAAACGUUUCAAGCGCCUGCGACGGAUACACGACAACGAAAGCGAUGGCGAGGAGCAGCAUGUGGACGAGGGACUCGCCCGCGAACAAAUCGCCGAGCAGCUCUUCGAUGAGAACGAUGAUAGCAUCGAGAGGCGCAGCGAGCGCAGCAUUCGGGAAACGGAUCCAUUUGAUGACGAGGAUAGCGAGUCGGAUGCAGAUGAUUUUAUAGUGGAUGACAAUGGUCGGCCCAUUGCCGAAAAGAAAAAGAAGCGUCGACCCAUAUUUACAGAUGCCUCACUGCAGGAGGGUCAAGAUAUAUUUGGAGUUGACUUUGACUAUGACGAUUUCUACAAGCCCGAGGAGGAUGAGUACGAGGAGGAGUCGGAGGGCGAUGAUUACGAUGAGGAUCUGCUGAGCAGCGAUGAUUUUCGUACCGCGAAAAAGAAGAAGGCACCGAAAAAGAAAUCAACGAAAAAGACAAUAUUCGAUAUAUACGAGCCGAGCGAACUGAAACGUGGCCACUUCACCGACUUGGACAAUGAGAUACGCAAAACGGAUAUACCCGAACGGAUGCAAUUGCGUCAGGUGCCUGUGACACCGGUGCCGGAGGGUUCCAAUGAGCUGAACGAUGAGGCCAAUUGGAUUUAUCGUUUUGCAUUCUGCAAACCAACCGUUUCCGAGCAGGAGAAGGCCGACAGUCGGGAGAAGAUGCGCAAACCGCCAACAGCCGUCAAUAAAAUCAAACAGACGCUCGAAUUUAUACGCAACCAGCAGCUGGAGGUGCCCUUCAUUGCAUUCUAUCGCAAGGAGUAUGUCAAGCCGGAGCUAAACAUCGAUGAUCUGUGGAAGGUUUACUAUUACGACGAGCGAUGGUGUCAGCUCAACGAGCGCAAACGGAAACUGAAGCUGCUGUUCGAGAAGAUGCGACAAUUUCAGCUGGAGACGCUUUGCGAUGAUCCGGAGAAACCGUUGCCCGACGAUGUCCGUUUGAUGCUCGACAGCGAUUUUGAGCGCCUGGCCGAUGUACAGUCCAUGGAGGAGCUUAAGGAUGUCCAUAUGUAUUUCUUACUUAACUAUUCACACGAGCUGCCCAAAAUGCAGGCGGAGCUGCGACGCAAACAGAUGCAGGAGCGGCGGGAGGCACGCGCUCGCCGUCAAGCCUCAGCGGCGGCCAACAGUGAUGGCGAAAAUGGUGGCGAUCCUGCUGCUGCUGCAGGUGCUGGUGGCGAGAAAGCACCAGAUCCAACAAUCGAACUGGAUGACGAGGACGAGGAUGAGUUGGACGAUCAAUUGAAGCAGGCAUCGAACAGCAGUCCGUAUGCCAUAUUCCGCAAGGCGGGCAUCUGUGGCUUUGCCAAGCAUGUGGGUCUAACGCCUGAACAGUUUGCCGAAAAUCUACGCGACAAUUAUCAGCGCAACGAGGUCAACCAGGAGAGUCUCAGUCCCACAGAGCUGGCCAAACAGUAUCUAUCGCCACGCUUCAUGACCGUCGACGAGGUGUUGUAUGCCGCAAAAUAUGUUGUUGCCCGCCAAUUGGCACAGGAGCCGCUGUUGCGCAAAACAAUGCGUGAGGUUUACUUUGAUAGGGCACGCUUGAACAUACGUCCUACGAAGAACGGCAUGGUGCUGAUCGAUGAGAACUCGCCGGUGUAUUCGAUGAAAUAUGUGGCCAAGAAGCCGGUCGGUGAUCUCUUUGGCGAUCAGUUCAUCAAACUGUUGAUGGCCGAGGAGGAGAAACUGCUCGAGAUUCAAUUUCUGGAUGAGUUCGAGGGCAAUGCGAAUGCGAAUGGCCCGCCUGGUGAUUAUAUAACCGAGGCCGCUCAACUCUAUCACCUGGAUCAGUUUGCCAAGAAUGUGUUGGACUGGAAUGCAUUGCGAGCGGAAUGCGUACAGAUGGCGCUCAAGAAAUGGGUGAUACCCGAUCUGAUCAAGGAGUUGCGUGCCACUUUGCACGAGGAGGCGCAACAGUUUGUGUUGCGCUCCUGCAUCGCCAAGCUGUACAAGUGGCUUAAGGUUGCACCGUACAAGCCAGAGAUGCCCCAUCAUCACAAUGCCGAGGAGUGGAGCACAUUGCGCGGCAUCCGUUCGCUGGGCCUUGCUUACGAUCCGGAUCAGUCGGUGGCCGCUUUCUGUGCGAUUGCCAGCGUUGAGGGCGACAUUUCGGAUUAUCUGCGCCUGCCGAGCAUCCUCAAGCGCAAGAGUUCGCACAAUCCCGAGGAGAAGGCACAAAAGUUGGCCGAUUUGCGCAAGUUGCGCGAAUUCAUCAAGCUGAAGAAGCCGCACAUUGUUGUGAUUGGCGCCGAGUCGCGGGAUGCGCAAAUGAUACAGGCGGACAUACGUGAGAUACUCAAGGAUCUGGAGACAAAGGAACAAUUUCCGCCCAUCGAGGUGGAGAUCGUUGACAACGAACUGGCCAAAAUCUAUGCGAACUCCAAGAAGGGUGAAAUCGAUUUCAAGGAAUAUCCACCGCUACUCAAACAGGCCGCAUCGCUGGCCCGCAAAAUGCAGGAUCCUCUCGUCGAAUAUUCGCAAUUAUGCGAUGCCGACGACGAGAUACUCUGUCUGCGCUAUCAUCCGCUGCAGGAGCGUGUACCGCGCGAUCUGCUCCUCGAACAGCUCAGCCUGGAGUUCAUCAAUCGCACCAGCGAGGUUGGCCUCGACAUCAAUCUGAUGGUGCAGAAUUCUCGGACAGUCAAUCUGUUGCAGUACAUUUGUGGUUUGGGACCGCGCAAGGGUCAGGCGCUGCUCAAGCUGCUCAAGCAGAGCAAUCAGCGUUUGGAGAAUCGUACACAGUUGGUAACCGUUUGCCAUUUGGGGCCGAAGGUGUUUAUCAAUUGCAGUGGCUUCAUCAAGAUCGAUACCAGUUCGCUGGGCGACAGCACCGAGGCAUAUGUUGAGGUGCUCGACGGAUCACGUGUCCACCCGGAGACAUACGAAUGGGCACGCAAAAUGGCCAUCGAUGCAAUGGAGUACGAUGAUGAGGAGACAAAUCCGGCCGGUGCUCUCGAAGAGAUAUUGGAGUCACCGGAACGACUCAAGGAUUUGGAUCUGGAUGCGUUCGCUGUCGAAUUGGAGCGUCAGGGUUUUGGCAGCAAGAGCACCACCCUCUACGAUAUAAGGAAUGAGCUGAGCUGCCUGUACAAGGAUUUUCGUACACCCUUCCAGAAGCCCAGCACCGAGGAACUGUUCGAUAUGCUCACUAAGGAGACGCCCGACUCCUUCUAUGUCGGCAAAUGUGUGACGGCAAUGGUGACCGGUUUCACGUAUCGCAGGCCACAGGGCGAUCAGUUGGACACAGCGAAUCCGGUGCGUAUCGAGGACACAGAUAGCUGGCAGUGUCCGUUCUGUCACAAGGAUGAUUUUCCCGAAUUGUCAGAUGUGUGGAAUCAUUUCGACGACAACAAUUGUCCCGGCCAGGCGUCCGGUGUUCGUGUACGGCUCGAGAAUGGUCUGCCCGGUUUCAUACACAUCAAGAAUCUGUCGGACAAACAGGUGCGAAAUCCGGAGGAGCGUGUUCGUGUCACCCAAACGAUUCAUGUGCGAAUCAUUAAGAUCGAUAUUGAUCGAUUCUCCGUUGACUGCAGCUCAAAGUCGGCGGAUCUGAAGGAUGUGAACAAUGAGUGGCGGCCGCGACGCGAUGCCUUCUACGAUUUUGUCACCGAGGAGCUGGACAAUCGCAAGGUGACCGAUGCCAAGGCAAAGGCGCUCAAACGCAAGACCUACGCUCGUCGCGUCAUCGCCCAUCCCAGCUUCUUUAACAAAUCGUAUGCGGAGGUGAUUGCCAUGCUCGCCGAGGCGGAUCAGGGCGAGGUGGCGUUGCGGCCCAGCAGUAAAUCGAAGGAUCAUUUAACGGCCACGUGGAAGGUGGCCGAUGACAUCUUCCAGCACAUCGAUGUCCGCGAGGAGGGCAAAGAGAAUGAGUAUAGUCUCGGUCGCAGUUUAUGGAUUGGCACCGAGGAAUUCGAAGAUCUCGACGAGAUCAUCGCCCGCCACAUCAACCCAAUGGCGCUCAAUGCCCGCGAACUAAUCCAAUACAAAUACUACAAACCGAACACGGCCGCCGCCAAUGUGAAUGAGCGCGAUUUUAUGGAGCAGCUGUUGCGCGAGGAGAAGACCCGCGAUCCGAAGAAGAUCCAUUAUUUCUUUACCGCCUCGAAGAGCAUGCCCGGCAAAUUUCUGCUCGCCUAUCUGCCCAAGACGAAGGUCCGGCACGAGUAUGUCACCGUGAUGCCGGAGGGCUAUCGGUUUCGCGGUCAAAUCUUUGAUACGGUGUCCAGCCUAUUGCGCUGGUUCAAGGAGCACUGGCUGGACGCACCGACGGCGAGCAUGUCUGCUGGCACCGCUGGCGCCACACCGUCCAGCAAUACGCCAAUCAAUUCGCACAGCAUGAUGCGACCACCAAACUCAUCCUCCUCCUCAGCAUCGCUGAGUUCGAUUGGUGCUGGUGUUGGUGGUAUCGGUGGCAAUUUCAGUACCUCGGGCAGCAUCUCGGGCGGCACACCGCGCAGCGGCAUCAGCAGCACCGAUAUGCGCACCUCCAGCGCCUACUCCGUAACGCAUUCCAUGGGUGUUGGUGGCGGCGGCGGUGGCUAUAGCAGCACUGCUGGCUUGGCUGGCAAUAUGUCCUCGUCGGCGGCAGCUGCAGCGGCUGCAGUCGCUGCUGCUGUUGCUGUCGGACAUUAUGGUGGCAGUGGCACGCCCACAUUUGGUGCCCACAUCAAUACACCGUAUACGCCCAGCGGGCAGACACCGUUCAUGACGCCAUACACGCCGCACGCCUCGCAGACGCCGCGCUACGGCCACAAUGUGCCCAGCCCCAGUUCGCAGUCGAGCAGCAGCCAGCGUCAUCAUUAUGGCGGUGGCAGCAGCACAACGCCCCGCUAUUAUGAUAUGGGUGCACCCAAUGCCUACAAUAGCAGCACCAGCAGUAUGUCACAUCAUCACCACCACCAUCAUCACCAGCAACAACAGCAGCAGCAGCAACAUCAUCAUCAUCUGCAACAGCAGCAGCAACAGCAGCAGCAUCAUCAUCAUCACCAGCAGCAGCAGCAGCAACAACGCGCCAAAGAGAAUCACGACUGGCAGCUGGCAAAUGAUUCCUGGGCGCGACGCAAGCCACAACAUCAUCAACAGCAGCAGCAGCAACAACAGCAACUUGGCAAUGUUAGCAUGUCCAGCUCGACGGGCGGCGGUGGCGGUAGCGGUGGCUAUGGCUCCGGCUCGACACCCACCAAUGAGUAUCAUACGAGCAGCUCAAAUCGCAGCGCCUCAGCUGCGUCGGCGUCAGCGGCCAGUGGCGGCGGAGGCGGUGGCAACUCCUCAUCAUCCAAGUCGUCGGUGCGGAGUACGCCGCGCACAAACACAUCGCCGCACUCCAUGAAUCUUGGCGAUGCCACGCCCCUCUACGAUGAGAACUAAAAUCGAAGCGGGCACGUUUUGUGGAUUUCAUAAUAUAUAUAUAUAUAUUUAUACAUACAUAUAUAUAUAUAUAUAUUAUAUAUAUACAUAUACAUAUACAUAUAUAUAUUCAUAAGUUUAAAGUACAUACAUUACUCUGUACACUCUCAAAUUAAGCAAAAAGUUAACUCAACGCAAGAAAAAAAGAAGCAUAA